CUCAGUUAACAGCGUGCACCGAGGUAGAGAGACUGACUGAGAGGGAAGGAAGGAGAGGGGGAAGGAGAGGGAGAGGAGAAAGAGAGAGGUUAGAGCAAAGGAGAAAGAGGAUAGAGGGAGAGGAGGGGAGAGUAAGAGGAGAAAGAGAGGAGGGAGAGUAAGAGGAGGAAGAGAGGAUAGAGGGAGAGUGGAGAAAGAUUAUAAAGGAGAGAGGAAGAAAAGACUGAAAUAGAGGAGAAAGGGGUUAGAGAGAAGAGAGGUAGAAUAAAGGCAAGAGAGGGGAAGGAGAGGAAGCGAGUGGAGGAGAAAGGGAGGAGAGUUAAAAGAGAAGAGGGAAUGAGGGAGAGGAGUUAGAGGGAAGGACAGAGAGAGAGAGAGAGAGAGAGAGAGAGAGAGAGAGAGAGAGAGAGAGAGAGAGAGAGAGAGAGAUGAUCCAGAGGUCGAGUCGGGGUCUGGUUUGCCUGCCUCUCUGCUGCAUGGAAGCAGGACCCUGACUGCGUGUGACUGAGAGAGCGUCUCCGUCAGGAACCAGACCGUGGGGUUGCUGUUCACCGGAGUUUCGCGAGUGCGCCUCUCUGCUUGUGUCGGGACAGGAAGACCAGCAUGAACAGAAAAGCGGCCCCGCCGCGGCCGAAGGGACAGGGCGCUGCGGCUGCGCGGCAGAUGGGCCUGCUCCUGGAUUUCUCCCCCGAGGCGAUGGCCAUGGGGGCGGAGGGGGAGGGCGAUGCUGAGCUGGAGGAUGAGCUGCUGGCCCUGGUGAGGGAGAAGCCAGCGGGCGGGAGAGAGCCGGGGCACGAGGGCAAGACCCCCCUGCCCAUGGCGGAUAUCGAGCGCAUGGCUGCGCUCUGCAUGAGGGAUCUGGAUGAGGAAGAGGAGGACAGCGAGGGGCUGGAGGAGGAUGAAGACCUCAUGGCGGAGCUCAGCGAGGUUUUGGAGGACGAGGCACAAGCAGCCCCACCCCCAGUGCAGGCCAGACCCCCCCCUGCAGCUCCCAUUACCACCAGUCAGGCUCGUCCCAGCUCAGGCGGUGUGGAGUCCACUCUCUCGGAGCGCAUCUCGAUGUACAGGUCAGCCGCGGCCAUCGCCAAGAGCACCGGGGAGAGCAGCCGAGCACGACGCUACGAGAGGGGGCUGAAGACCCUGGAGUCGAUGCUGGCAUCCGUCAAAAAGGGGAGGAGCAUCAACGAGGAGGAGAUCCCGCCUCCCGUCGCCACGGGCAACACGCCCGCUCCUGCCCCUUCCCAGAGCCCGGAGGCUGUUCCCGCACCCAUCCCCACCCCCCCCGCUGUGAUCACGCGGAGCCCCAGCCCCCCCGCCCCAGACUACCCCCCUGUGCUCCCCAAACCUCCCCAAACCCUCCCCAAGCCUUCCCUGCUCGCCCCCCCUCCGCACUCCCUGACCACGACUCCAGACACCCCCCUCAUCUCACCCCUCACCCCCGUGCAGAGCACCCCGCACUCAGGCGUGAAGUCCGCUCUCCUCAGUCGACAGAGGGAGUACAAGCUUGCUGCUCUUCAAGCCAAGCAGAGUGGAGACAGCGAGCUGGCCAGGAGACACUACAGCAUAGCCAAGAGAUUCGACCCGGUGCUGGAGGCUGUAGACCGAGGCAAGCCCGUGGAUCUGAGCAACAUGCCGCCCCCUCCUGACCAGGCUGUGACGGACAGACCGGCCCCUCCCACUCAGCAGUCGACCCCGCCGGCAGCGCCCCCUGCUGCUGACUCUGCCCCCCCCCCAGCCCCCCGGGAUCUCUCGGAGGCGCUGCAGCAGCGGAUGGAACGCUACCAGAGCGCAGCGGCGCAGGCCAAGGGACAGGGGGAGGAGCGCAAGACACGCAUGCACCAGCGCAUCGUCAAGCAAUACCAGGAUGCAAUCCGAGCUCACAAAGCAGGACGAGCCGUCAAUCUGUCUGACCUCCCUGUGCCACCUGGCUUCCCUCCCAUCCAGGGGACCGAGGGCUCCGCUGGGGAUCAGAGCAUCAUGGGAGUGCUGGAGACUGCCAUGAAGCUGGCCAAUCAGGAUGAGGAGGAGGGGGAGGGGGGCGAGGGAGGAGUCAAGCCAGCGGCGCGCCCCGCUGUGGUGAGGCCGGUAGGCACUGCUCAGGCACGGACCCCCCCCCAGCACCCCCAGCCCAGGGGGCCUCCAGCAGGGGGCCCUGUCCCAGUGGGGCAAGGCUCGGCCAAAGCAGCCACCAAGCUCCAAAGUAAAGCCCAGCAGCAGCUGGAUUUCCUGGAGGGGAGGAAGCGGCAGCUGAUGCAGGCAGCCCUGCGCUCCAAGCAGAAGAACGACCUGGAGGGAGCGAAGCAGCACCUGCGGCAUGCCAAGGGCAUGGACCCCCUGAUCCAGGCAGCGAGCGGGGGGCUGCCGGUGGACAUCAGCAAGGUGCCAGCAGCCCCGGUGAACGAGGAGGACUUUGUUCUGGUGCAGAAGAGAGGAGUGCAGGUCUCGCACAGGGCAGCCGAGCAGUACAGCAACCUGAUGGACCUGCUUAAACAACAGCACGAGAAGUGCAUGAGCUACUCCAAGCAGUUCACUCACCUGGGCAACGUGAGCGAGACCAGCAGGUUCGAGAGGAUGGCCGAGGAGUGUAAGAAGCACAUGGAGAUCCUGAAGCAUGCCCACGGGAAGGGGUACCCCGUCCCCAAAUUCCACCACGAGGAGCGCACCUUCAACAUCAUCAAGAUUUUCCCCAACCUGACCAACAGCGACAUGAUCCUGACUGUGAUGAAGGGGAUCAACCUGCCCGCCCCCCAGGGUGUCUCCUCCAGCGAGCUCAAUGCCUUCGUUCAGUUUGAGUUUGCAUUCCCCAGUUCGGAAGAAGCUCAGAGAGACAGGACCUCCACUGUGAAGAACACCAACAGCCCAGAGUUCAAUGAGAAGUUCAAACUCAUCAUUAACCGAAGCCACAGAGCCUUCAAGCGCGUGGUGCAGAGCAAAGGGAUCAAGCUGGAAGUCUUUCACAAAGGGGGCCUCUUCAAGACAGACCGGGUGGUGGGGAGCGCGCAGCUCAAACUGGAUAACCUGGAGAACAAGUGUGAGAUCAGAGAGAUCAUUGAGGUGCUGGACGGUAGGAAGCCCACAGGUGGGCGGCUGGACGUGGCUGUCCAGAUUCGGGAACCCCUGGGGGGUCAGCAGCUGGAAAGCGUGACGGAGAAGUGGGUGGUCAUCGACCCCCUGACCCUGCCCCCGGUCGCUGUACCGACACCCAAACCCAAGAGCAACUCCGUCAAAGACGUCAACAGCCGGGAGGCCUAUAAAUUCCAUAGCCUGAGUCUGCUGAACUACGACAAGGAGAGAGCGGAGAGGAAGAUAGUGGAGUACAAGCGAGCGCAGAGGGAGCCCCCCAGGGACCUGCUGCAGAGCCACAGGGAGGUGAGCCAGAGGAUCCAAUGGCAGCGGAACCAGCUGGAGAGAGCCGAGCCCGGUCCACAGAGAGAGUACGAAGCUGUGCUGGACAGGCUGGCUCAGGGGCUUGGAGAUUCAGUGAAGCGCUUCUCCAGUGAAGGGAACAGGGAAGCAGCUAAAGACGCCCUGUACAGGCUGAGACUGGUGGAGAGCGAGAUGCAGAAUCUGAGAAGGAAACGGCCUGCGUGAGAGAGGAGCGGGAGGGAGGGAGAGGAGAUGGAAGGGAGGGAGAGGAGAGGAGAGGGAAGGAAGGGAGAGGAGAGGAGAGGGAAGGGAGAGGAGAGGAGAGGAGAGGAGAGGGAAGGGAGUGAGAGGAGAGGAUAAAGCACAGAACAGCCAUAGCUGUUACCUGCCCCCCACUCCACCCUCCGGACCUGUUCAACAGGGUUAGACCUUCCAUGCACGGGGACCUUGUAUGGGGACAGCAACUCUCUAGUCUUCAUAUACACACACACACAGAUAUAUAUAUAAUAUGUGAAGACAUAUGGAAGACACAAAUGCAUACCGAUAUUAAAAUGAAUACUAAUUCCAAUUCCACACGCGUGCCUUUUUUUUUAACUAUCCCCCUGCACUGUAAGCAGCUGAUCUGAGCGAGACAGUGGACCGCCUGGGUUUAUCCUCCAAUAAGAGGGAGGGAGAGACAGUGGACCGCCUGGGUUUAUC